UAGAAAAGCUUCGUGUGGUCUCCAAAAAAACAGCAGUUACAGAACCAUACAUCACACCGUCACGAGCGGCGAGAGAGAGAGAGAGAGAGGAGGACCGGGCAACAGCCAUGGCCACAGGAGCUGCCUGCUACUACCACCCCGCCGCGGGAAGGGCGAGCCCCUCCUCGCUAGCUCUGGGCCUCAGGUCAUCGCAGAGCAAGGUGUUCUUUAUCAGCAGCGGCGGCCGCAGCAGCAGCCGGUGGUGGAUGAGGAGGAGGAGAGGGGAGGGGAAGGCGAGCUGCGGCAGCACCAAUAGCAGCAGCACGGCAAGGGCGAGGCCUGCCUUGUUCUCCCCUCGGGCCAUGGAGUGGCAGGAGUGCAGCACUGAGAUUGAAGUUGAUGUUCCAUGUUCAGUGGCCUACCAGUGUUACUCCGAACGUGAGACUAUUCCUCAGUGGAUGCCAUUCAUAUCAACUGUCAAGGUCCUUGAAGAUAAACCAGAUCUUUCCCGUUGGACUUUGAAGUAUGCGAUACUUGGUCAGGAUGUAGAAUUUUCUUGGCUUGCCCGAAACAUGACGCCAACUAAAAAUCAGAAGAUUCACUGGCGAUCUCUUGAAGGUCUUCCUAACAGGGGCGCUGUCCGAUUCUUCCCUAAGAGUUCAUCCUCUUGUAGAGUACAGCUAACAGUGGCCUAUGAAGUUCCUGAAAUUCUGAACCCGGUUGCAUCAGCCCUGAAACCAUUUCUGGAAGGUUUGCUUUUCAAUGGGCUAGAACGUUUUGUGACGUUUGCGAAGGAGCGCUAUAGCAAGACCCUUCAGUCUUGACAAGAUUAACUGUCAUCAACACCAAGAAUUUCAAUUUCAUUGACCGUUGAUGUAAAACUGCAUAAAGCCACUAGAUGUGCCAGGGGGGAGAACUGUAUAAUACAAGAGUGACUUAUUCUAGCAAAUAAAUAUUGACUGUUCAACUC